AUGGAGGAUGAAGAGGGCUACACGGUAUUAAACCUCCGGCCGAAGCAGAGACAACCAGGCCGCCCUCCGGGAGCUGGGCCCCAAGGUUCCCCUCGGUACCCGCGCUGGAUCUGGGUGGCUCUAGGGCUGGCCGGGGCCGGGUGCCUCGUCCUGCUGGGAGCCGUGGUAGCACUGGCUGUCUGGGUUUCCCAAUUGCCUGUCUUGUGUGAAGGACAGACCAGAGGAGCUACAAACGCAUCAGAGAAUGAUGGUGCCAGAAUCUUCAGUAGCACUGAAUGCAGCUCCUGCCUGGAGGAUUUCCAGUCUCGCUUGAAAUCAAUUCUGUGUGAACCCCACAAUGGCAGCUUGGCAGAGGGCUCCGGGUGCAAACUCUGCCCCAGGGACUGGCUGCUGCAUGGGGACAAGUGCUAUUGGCUGUCUAAAGAGAGUAAAGACUGGACUGGGAGCCGUGACGACUGCUCGGGGAAGAGCUCUCGCAUGCUCGUGAUCCGGAACCAGGAGGAGAUGGAUUUCAUACAGGAUGUUACACAAGGUUCAAGCUACAUCUGGAUUGGACUUACGGUGACACCCGCAGCAGGGAAAUGGACCUGGGUGGACGGUUCCCCGUUAGAUCCAAUGCUCUUUCAAGUCUCAGGCUCUGCUGAAGGGAACAGCUGUGGCUGGAUAAGAGGCAGCCGGAUUCAGUCUGAGACAUGUGGUGCUGAGUUCAAAUGGAUCUGCCAGAAAGAAGCUGCCGUGAUAUAAACAGUUGGGUCUGAGGAUCCACAUUUGUGUCUCUGUAAUGCGCAGCAUCCUGGGUUUAGUCUCCCGGGGCGGGAUUGGGCUUUAGGCAGAGCUCUAAGCCGGGGGCAGAGCAGAACCCUGGGAGGUGCUGGGACUCAGGUGCCCCUCGCUGUCACAGUCCCUUGUUAUACCAAUAAAAACU